GUUGUGCUCUUGUUGAGACCUGUCAGCCAUUAUUGCCUCUGCGGCCACCUCAGUCCUCAGCUCUGUAUCAGAAAUGCUGUUCCUUUGGGAACCUCAGCCAAGGAAGAGAUGGAGAGAUUCUGGAAUAAGAACACUGGUUCAAACCGCCCUCUGUCUCAUAUCACUAUCUACAGUUGGUCUCUUCCCAUGGCGAUGUCCAUUGGCCACCGCGACACUGGUGUUGCCUUGAGUGCAGGGGUCUCUCUUUUUGGCUUGUUGGCCCUGUUGCUCCCUGGGAACUUUGAGUCUCAUCUGGAACUGGGGAAGUCCCUGUGUCUGGGACCGGUGCUGACCCACUCAGCCAAGUUUGCUUUCACCUUCUUACUCAUGUAUCACACCUGGAACAGGAUCCGACACUUGAUGUGGGACCUGGGAAAAGGCCUGAAGGUCCCGCAGCUGUAUCAGUCCAGAGUGGCUGUCUUGGUCCUCAGAGUACUGUCCUAAGUUGGGCUGCCAGCCAUGUGAAGAGAUCUGCCCCAGCUCCUCUU